AUCACUUCCUGCUGCUGACGUCGCUGAGGAAAACAAAAGCAUCGUUCAGCCGUGAAAUGGGUGAUAGUUUGUUUCUGUCAGAGAAACAUUAUAAGUUUGAACAGUUCUGUAAUCGACUGCUGUAGAUGAACAUCUCUGGUUUAAUAUUUGGUCACCAGGAGAACCAUUAGUUAAGACAAAUUACACGUACGUGCUCGCGCGCUAAAUUCAAAACGACUUUCUGAUUGAUUCUACUGACAGUUUCUCACAUUUAACGUUCACCACCACAACAACAUUGCUUUUGGAUUGCGCUGAGUAGCGUUAAAUUGCACAUAUUUGACGUGACACCUGACGGGCAGGUUUUCAUAUUCAUCACUUUGUCUCAAAUUGUCUGAAAUACUCACAUAUGAGCGCCCAUACAUUCUUAUUUGUUAGUUACUGUCAUUUAGUCCAUUAUUUAGUUCUCCCACACUAAGAUGCUUCGAAGAACAAGAACAGCAAAGGUGUAUAAAGAGCCAGAGACUGAGGAUGAUUCUGAUGACAUAACAGGCAAUCAGAAAGAUGGCAGUGAGGAGUUAGAUGAAUGGCUGCCAAAUUUAAAUGAAGGCAAAACUAAAGGAAGAUGCCAGGGGGGAACAGAUGAAACCACUGAAAAGAAAAAAGUGAGCAAGAGGGUGGCCAAACCUAAAGAGCCAAAACCUAAAGAGCCAAAACCUAAAGCGGAGAGGAAGCCAAGAGCUCCACGAGUUCCUAAAGCGAAGAAGGAGAAGACUAAUACAGAGAAUCAAACUGAGGAUGCAGUUCUACCGAAGCCUGAAUCACACCAGCAUGUGCCAAUCAAGGAAGAGAGGUUGUCCAUCAACUUGAGCAGGGAGUUCAAUAAUAAUGCAGGUGUCCCAAGAGAUAUGCUUGAUGAGGGUCCAUCCUCCAGCCAACAUUUCCCCAAGAUGAAAAAAGAGGAACCAGAUGACAGCUUCACCUUUGAUGAACCUGCUCAGAAGAAGCAGAAGACCACAAACAUGCCCCAGGGAAGACCUAUAAAACUCAAACCGGGCAGUUCCUGUGUGGAAGACUUACAGAUGAAUUGGGAUCCCAUUCAGGUUCUUGCUAACAAAACGGGUGUGGAGCAGUGGGUGUGUAUGAACAUUGCACAGCUCCUCCAGGAGGAGAACACUAUUCCCUUCAUGGUGCGCUAUAGAAAGGAGCUGAUUAACCAUAUGGAUGCAGAUGCUGUUCGAGAUGUGCAGCUGGCUCUUGAAGAGUUACGGUCAGUUGCCAAGAAGAGCAGAUCUGUGGCUCAAACACUAAAGAAGGAAGGAGUUCUUACUUUAGACCUGGAAAUGGUUUUAAAGAACUGCACAACAGCUGAUGAAAUAGACCAUGUGUAUGGCCCCUAUAAAAAGGGCAGUAAGCUGUCCAAGGCCAGGCGAGCUAAGGAGCUAGGACUGGAACCUGUUGCCCUGGCUCUGCUUCAGGCUCCUCAGACACUGGAUCUGCACUCCUCAAUCCUGCCCAACACUAAGGGGUUGUCGACCCUGGAUGAGGUGGCCACGGGUGUGCAGGAGAUCCUGGCAGAUAUGAUUGCAAAGGACAAAGAGACUCUCACCCAUGUCCAGUCACUGUGUGACAGAAGUAACGUGACCAUUCACUCAUCAGUGUCUAAAACAGCCCUGAAAGAACAGCAGCCACAGCAAGGAAAUCAGAAAAGCAAACCAAAGGACAUUGCCAAUUUCAGCCUGUAUACUGACUUCACCUGCGACGUCCAUCGUAUCCAGCAUCAUCAGACGUUAGCCAUUAACCGUGGGGAGAAUCUGAAGAUUCUGACAGUGAAGGUCAACAUCCCCGACUGGGUGAAGAAUGACUUCUGUAGGUGGUGCGUCAACGUCAGAUGGAGGCCACAGGGAUUUGCACAGCCAGAACUGAUGACGAUUUUGAAGAAUGCUUGUGAAGAUUCCUACAAAAGAUUCAUUCUGCCCUUUCUCAGUCGAGGCUACAGGUCUAAGUUGACUGCUAGUGCAGAAAAAGAGUCCAUUGCCAUGUUUGUUCGUAAUCUGCGUCAGCGUCUUCUGAUGUGUCCUGUGCGUGGGAAAGUCAUCAUGGGAGUGGACCCAGGGUUUCACCAUGGCUGCAAACUGGCAAUCCUGUCCCCAACCAGUCAGAUCCUGCACACAGAUGUGGUGUACCUCCAUGGCUCUGCUAAAUACAAAGAGGCAGAAAAACUGCGCCAUCUUAUGUUCAAACACAGCUGUCAAACUAUUGUCAUAGGAAAUGGAAAAGCAUGCAGGGAGACUGAAGCCUUCUUUACAGACCUAAUUAAACGCCGCUUUUUCAACCCCAUAGAUGUUUCCUACUGCAUAACAGAUGAAGCAGGAGCGUCCAUCUACAGUGUGAGUCCUGAAGCUGUUAAAGAGAUGCCAGACAUGGAUCCCAACCUAAGGAGUGCAGUGUCUAUUGGGAGGCGUGUUCAGGACCCUUUAGCAGAGCUUAUUAAAAUUGACCCCAAACAUAUUGGUAUUGGCACCUACCAGCACGACGUGUCGCAGAGUUUGCUGAGGGCAGCGUUGGACGGGGUGGUGCAGGAGUGUGUGAGCUUCGUGGGAGUGGACAUCAACAUCUGUUCAGAGACGCUGAUGAGGCACAUAGCAGGUCUGAAUGCAGGGCGAGCACGCAAUAUUAUGGAGUGGAAGGAAAAGAACGGACCUUUUCUCAAUAGAGAGCAGCUAAAACUGGUCAAAGGCCUCGGCCCUAAGAGCUUUCAGCAGUGUGCCGGCUUCAUCAGGAUCAACCCUGAGACAAUACCCAGUAUCUGCUCUAAGGGGAACGAAGACCUUGAGGUUCAGAAACAGACAGCUAAGAAGAGAAAAGUCAAGGGCUCUGAUAGCACAUCUGGGUUUAACCCUCUGGACCAAACCUGCAUCCACCCUGAAUCAUACAGCAUCGCUUUCAGGUUCUUGUCUCAAAUAGGGGGCAGUUUGGAUCAGAUGGGCAGUGCUGUUCUCAGGCAGAGUGUUGAGAGCAGUGUUCAGAGCAGUGGUCUGGAUGUCUUGGCCAAAUCUCUGGACACCACACCUGAAACUCUACAGCUCAUUGUGGAUGGACUCAUUCAGCCUCCUGGCUUUGACAUUCGUCAGGAUUUUGAGCAGGCAGACUUCAAGCGAGAAAUUGUGUCCAUGAAUGACCUGCAUGAUGGCAUGGUGCUGACAGGCCGUGUAACAAACACUGCUUUAUUUGGAGCCUUUGUGGACAUCGGAGUGGGCCGUUCUGGUCUCAUCCCAAACCGUUUUAUCACGCCGGAAAAACUUCCUGUUGACCAGAGGCGAAGAAGCCUAGCUCUCGGACCAGGUGAGCGGGUAGAGGUACGGGUCAUGAAUGUGGAUCUUCAGAGGAAUCGGAUCAGUCUAGACCUCAUUAGGGUUCUCAGAUAGGAACUAUAAUUGAGGAUUUACUGUAGUCAAGUGUAGUUAACUGUUUCCAUGCGGAAUAUUGUGUUAUGUGUCAUUUUAUUAAUGUGUGGAAUAAAAUGAAAAUUGUGUUGACUGUGCUGAAUGAGAAAAUGUCUUAGAAAAUGUUUUUUAUUUGCACAUUAGCAAGUUUCUUAAUCAGUCCGCAAAUACUAAUAUUAGAUCAAUCUUUUGUUCUUGUAAAAAUGUGCUGUUUUUUUUUUUAACCUGCUGUUACUAUAGUUUUCAAAAUCUUCAAUAAAAUAGAUGUUAUGUUUCAUGAAACAUGACAGGAUUAUAAUCCUGAUAAUCUUGAUAUUCCCAAAUAUGAUGAUUCCAGCUGCAAGGGAUACUUCCUAAAAUAUAAAGGGAGUAAAUGGAUAAUAUAGAGGCAUGAUGCUUUUCAAAAUUAAGUUGGUGUUUGCAUUAUGAACUAAAUACAAAGCAAAUAAUUAAAAUGUUAUCUGGAGAAUAUUUACUUCAUUUGAAGCUGUCAGUUGUUAAGUUAGUAAAAAAAGAAUUAAUCAUAAAUAUCUUAAAUUAACUUUUUAACUAUUAACUAUUAAAUAUCUUAAGUUAAAUUUGUCCUUAAAAUACUUUUUUGUGUGUUAAAAUCACCUUUCCACUAACCUUUUCUUUCUCAGAUGUAAAAUUGAAAGUUUUAAAACUUGUGGUAUAAUGAAUCUGAAUUUAUUCUGCAGUUAAUUAUAAAUAUUAGGGAAUGGGUUCUCCAAAAAACAUUGGUCACAAUUAAUGGUACCCCUUGAAUUUUUUGAGCGAGGAGGAUUUUUCUUGAAACCGUCCCAAGUAACAUGUGGGGAUGUAGGGUGUAAAAAAAAAAUGUAUAGGCUUUCUGACCCCAAUACUCAAGUUAUCUCGUAAUCUCUACAGUUCUCCAUCUGUGAUCCUUGGAGAGUUUUUGGCCACUCACACUUUCCUCCUUACCAUGCAUUAAUACAAUAAAGACACACAUCCUCUUCCUGGCA